AUGUUGCCUGUGUUAGCAUUCCUCAUUUGUCGUGUCAUUUUUCUCUCAGUUGCUGCUUAUUCAAGGGACGACUGUGAUAGCUGUAGACAUGCAGCAAAAAGUUUCGUCUCAGGCAUAUACAAAUCAGAAGGCAAAAAUUUUGGAGGCGGAAAUUCGUUAUGGGAAGAAGAACACCUAGGCAGAUAUUCCGUGAGUGAAGCGCGUUACCAUGAUAUCCUAGAAAUUAUGUGUGAUGCUAAGCAAAAUAUAGAGUGUCAUAAGUUUUUGGAGAACAUAGAACCUCACUUGGAGGAGUGGUGGCUCAAGGAUUUUAGAAGUAAUACGAACAAUCCGGAAAGACUUGAAGAAGAACUGUGUGUUAUUCAAACAAAGUAUUGUUGUCCUUUUGGGUCCUUUGGACCUUCGUGUCUUCCUUGUACGACAUGCCAUGGACAUGGCACAUGUGAUGGUAAUGGCACGCGACAUGGUUCUGGUAAAUGUCUCUGCGAACCCGGUUACUCUGGAGAUUCCUGUGAUCGAUGCAACUUGGAAACCCACUUCCAACUUCAUGAUGAUGGCCCUUCUGUAUCAUGCUUACCUUGCCACUCGUCAUGUUCUGGAGGUUGUUCGGGUCCGUUUUCUCAAAAUUGUUCAUCUUGUGCGUCGGGGUGGUCUGUGCACGAAUCUAAUGAUCAACGGGACUGUGUGGAUGUUAAUGAAUGUCUCAGCAAUCCUUGCAACAAUGUCACCCACUUUUGCGUAAACAGGCCUGGCUCGUACGAAUGUAUUGCUUGCAAUUCCGCCUGUCGGGGGUGUACUGGUGCAACUGCAAAUGACUGUGUAUCCUGUGCAAAUGGUUACCAGAGAGGGAAUAGUGAAGCAUGUGAAGAUAUCAACGAAUGCAAUGCUGAUAGUAACAUUUGUAAUAAAGAGGGGGAAGUCUGCAAGAACUUGAUUGGUGGUUAUAAAUGUGACUGCAGAAACGGAUACAAACGAAUUAAUAAUGAUUGUGUACUGAUUACAAAGCAGGAAACGACUUCGGAAACUCUGGAAAAUGUGAAAGAUGUACAACUUAAUGAUGGUUACGACACUUUGAAAGAGGAGCCGAAUCCUAGUCAUAUUCUGGGAGAAUUGUGA